AUGUUCGGGUGCUGCAUCGCCAAUCGAGAACACCCGUUGCCGUCUGGUGCCGGCUCUGGGGGUCCACAGCAGGUGUACCCCCGCCCCGAAUCAGCGGAGCCUCCAGUGGCCAAGGCGUAUUCACGUAACCAUCCCGAGUGUAACAGCGGCGCAGGCCAUGCUUUGCAGCCUGCCGAUCACCAAUCAAUUGAGUCACGCGCAUCAUUGACGUCCGCGGGGUUGCCUCAAGCUCCGGCAUCGUUUGCCCGCAACAACACAAUGGAUGACGCUGCCCGGCUCGUGGGCGAGUUGCAAGACAAGCUUACCGAGCUCGAUGGCAAAGUCGCUGCGUAUCAACGCGACAUGCUAACAGAAUUCCACAAACACAUGGACGAGUGUCUCAAGGAGUAUCCGGAUCACAUCUCUGGGGAGGUCUCCCGAGCCAUCGCCGCCUCCAUAUCCGCGGGCAGAUACCCAGCACUGAGCUGCCUGAGCUGUGAGGCACCGGACUCACCGGCAAUCGACCGCACCGCCUGGGGCGGUCGCAAAUCCCCCCCACCCAUCCUUCGCCAUACCUCGGGCAUCCCGAAGGAGAGCCCCAGGGAUCCACACGCGAGGGAGAAGGAGUUCCAGGGACUAUUCACGCCAACCUACCUACCGCUACUCGAGGACAGCCGCGCGCUGCAAUCACCGCCAAUGUCGCCGCCGCCGACUUCGAGAGGAACGGCACUCGCUCUGUCGACGGAUAAUGUGAAAAAAGUGGCGGAGUCCAAGCAGGCAUUCCUCCAGAAUCACGAGGACAGGCCGGGUGCGAUUCGGAGGCUGACUGACCAGUCUACGUCAUCGCUUGAGUCAUCCAGCAGCGACUCCAAAACCCGGCGAAGCGCGCUCCGGCGAUCGUCCAGCUCAGUUAAGGGCAGCCCGCGCCGGGUACGUUUUGAGUUUGAAGGCGAGGAAGUGUUUCCCGCAUCUUCGUCCCCCAAGACACCGAGUAUUGCCCCGGUCGAGGAAAGUGGGGUUGAACCACAGCCCGAGGCGAAGGCAGCGGUCGUGACAACCGAGAAUGAGUCAACUGCCUACUCGGGAACUUCGCUGCUCGAUGCGGUAGGGGAGCAGGACUCCCUCCCACAACCAAGAAAGGUGUCCUCGACACAAGCACUACAAGCACUCACCCGGAGUCCGCUAGAAGAAGGAACAACGUGGAGAGAAGUCAACGCAGACGUAGAAGAGCCCGUCAAGAUGAAUGGGACAACACAAUCAGCAAAGGCAUCGAAUCAGCCGGCCAAGACUGACUCGCCAACUAUUCAAGCAAACGGCACCGGGUACUUUGCACGUCGGCCGAAGCCCGGACUACCGCUCGAGGAAUCGGCGGUCUACGACGACGAUGACGAGAGCGAGUCCGACGAGGAGUUUCUCUCGAUACCGAUCAAGCGAAAGUCUUCUUCCUCUACACCAUCACCCUCUACGCCACCCCCCUCCACGGCCGCCCCUCGUACCCGGCCACCAAACGCCCCAGCUCCCGAGUCCCAAACCACCGCAUCCGAAACCAACCGAAAUCACAGCGCAGACGACGAUGGCCUCAACCCACUCUUUGACUUCGACGACGAAGCUGGGGGCCCCGCUGCAUCUCAGUCACAAAAAUCCCAGAAAUACCUACCCGAUCCCGAAUCAUCUGACGACGAGGAUACGACCCCACCCGGCCGCCUCCGCAACGAAGGCCUCGAACGGCCGCAGCAACCAACGGUCGCAUCUAUUUCCACAUCCGUUACUGCCACUCGGAUCCCGCCCGUGUCUCCCUCGUCGGUGCUGUUCGGCCACAGCGUCGGCUCGUACAUGGGCCGGUCCGUGGUGAUGCCCCCGGUCAAGGACCCGCAGCUAUACGACGAGAUUGCGGGCAUGGACGACGUGCAGCUUUACGUGGGGAGCAUCAAGGACAUCUCGGCGGCCCAGGCCGCGAGCAUGGGCACGAGUUAUAGGGCGUCGAGUUUGGCGAGGGGCGGCGUGCCCAGGAGCUUCUCGGAGAGGCUGGCGUUAGAGGAUGAGAUGGAGAGGCGGAAUGCUGCUAAGGAUAAGGAAGAGGAGGGCGUUUAG